AUGGAUAUUUCACAGAGAAAGCGAACUUUGCUUAAGGUCAUUGUUCUUGGUGAUAGCGGCGUGGGAAAGACUUCUUUGAUGAAUCAAUACGUUUAUAGAAAAUUUAGCCAGCAGUAUAAAGCCACAAUUGGUGCUGAUUUUGUGACAAAGGAGAUUCAAGUUGAUGACAAACUGGUAACAUUGCAGAUUUGGGAUACAGCAGGGCAAGAAAGGUUUCAUAGUCUUGGGGCUGCAUUUUAUAGAGGGGCAGAUUGUUGUGUGCUGGUGUAUGAUGUAAAUAUACAGAAAACAUUUGAUACACUAAACAAUUGGCAUGAUGAGUUUCUUAAGCAGGCUGAUAUGAACGAUCCUGAAACAUUUCCCUUUGUAUUACUUGGGAACAAGGUUGAUGUAGACGGUGGAAACAGUAGAAGGGUCACUGAGAAAAAAGCUAGAGACUGGUGUGCUUCCAGGGGAAACAUACCAUACUUUGAGACCUCUGCAAAAGAGGGCUACAAUGUUGAUGACGCUUUUCUAUGUGUUGCAAAAAUUGCUCUAGAAAGUGAACACGAUCAAGACAUUUAUUUUCGAGGAAUUUCUGAAGCAGUUUCAGAAGCAGAACAACGAAGUGGUUGUGCAUGCUGA